AUGGGAGAUGUGCCAAACUUGCCAACAAGGAAAAAAUGUAUGUCUAGAAAACCUCAGAUGGGUUCAGCGAAAAUUCCCUUGGUAAAUCAGCUCACAUUUCUAGGCCAGUCUUUUAGCAGACUGGUUGACAUGGCACUAGGCUACUUAGUUCAGAAAAUUGUAGAAACAUUAGAUGAGUCUCACACACCACUUGCCUUAACCAGCUGUAUCAGUACAGUAAUAAGUCUGGGACUUGAGGGUGAACACAUGUGCUAUAUAUUGUCCAGGGAGGGUUGUAUAAGAGCAUUGUUUGAAAUUGCACGGACAGACACAUUGGAAUUUGCUCAUGUGCAGUCAUUGAGAGCACUUGCUACUAUAUGUUGUGUGGCCGAGUCAAUACUAGAACUAGAGAAAGAAGGUGGUAUUGAUAGCCUGACAGAUAUUCUAUGUGAUAAGACAAUCUCUGAGGCAGUACGAGGUGAGGCGGCAGGUGUGGUCGCACAGAUCACCUCCCCUUGUUUAGAUAACUUUCAACACAUCUCAGGCUUCUUAGACAAUGUUCAGGAUCUUUUAAGUGCUUUGAUAAACUUGUGCUUUACAACAAUGUCCCAUGAAACAUUUCUUCUGGCGGCAGCAGCGGUAGCUAACAUAACAUUUAUGGACAGUCAGGCAUGUGACGUGUUACAGCAGUUAGAGGCACCGCGGUUACUUAUACAGGCAUCAGCUAUGCCAAAAGCUAAAUCUUUGUUUGUCAAAGAUCAGAUAGCAACAGUAUUAGCUAACAUGGCAACUAAAGGAUCAUCACGCAGGGAUAUUAUAACAUACAACGGUAUACCGUUACUCAUCAACUUUCUCCAGCAACGACCCUCGCAGUAUAAACAAGAUGCCGAGAUAGCUGCAUGUGAGAGACUACAACAAAAAGCAGCUAUUGCUCUUACUCGAUUAUGUAAAGAUCCAGCCACAGCAAAUGUAAUUGUUGACUUACAAGGUGUUCCAAGAUUAGUUCAGUUAUGCCGAAGUGUUGAAGAAAGGAACAACAGUGAUGCAGUACUUGUGGCUAGCUUGGCUGCCUUACGGAAGAUCUGUGCAUUAUGUCCCUGUCCAGAGAUGACCACUGUAGACUAUCAUCAACUUAUCAAACCCAAGUUAAUGGACUCCUUUGUCAUGUGCUCACGUACAGAUGAAAACUUUGUCUGACCAAAAUGAUAUUACAGUGUGUGUUGAAGAAUCACACAAAAUGAUUGGUACUUCUGAAAUGUUCUCCACUUCUGUAAAUAUCAAAGAAAGUAAUGGAAUCUCCCAACAUGUGCUCUGUGAUUCAGAAAAAAGAGCUAAAUUUAUUAUUAGAAUCUUUUCUUUUGUUUUUGCAUGAAACAAAAAAAAUAUUCAAGCAUCUUAACUAGCAUGUUAAUUCACAUAGAUUGUACAUUGGAAGAAAUCUUAUCUCUUCAAAGUUGAAUUUGACUUUUAUCAAAGUGAGGAUUUUUUAUGUUUGAUUUAGUAUUUUCAAAUCAGUAUUUAUGUACAAAUCAAGUUGAUUGUAUAUCAGAAUUUUAUGAUAAAUUUUUAAAGCAGCAUGCCUCCAGAUUCAUGAUAAUUUUUAUGAAAGUUUUGUAAAUAUAUU